AUGUAGAUUUCGUCAGGUACUUUUCCAAAUUCCUGCGAGGCUGUUUUAUUAGAUGCAUAUACAUGAUCAAACUGUGGGCACGUAAGCUGCAUUUUUCCGAAAUCCGGUACCGUUUUAAUACCGGAACAGUGCAUUUAAACAUUAAUUCAGACCGCUGUAUUAAACAAGUAGAAAGGAAAUAAUCGAAAUAUAAUAAAUCACAGUUUAAAUGUAAGAUGGUUUAACGACUGCAUCUUAUGCGCGUGUAACUCAUCUGAAACGUGUCGCGGAUAUUUGAAUUUCUGCAAUACGCAAUUCAUCAACAAUUAACAAAUCCAGGAUGAUCGCCAAUGGCACGGAAUCGUUUUUUGCGGGUCACGAGUUGAGGGAACUCACCUUCGGAUGGACCGACUACAUUCUGUUCGGUGGUUUGCUGGGAAUCAGUGUUCUCAUCGGCAUUUACUUUGGCUUCUUCAGCACGAAACAGGACAAUACUACCGAGUAUUUGCUCGGCGGCAAAACCAUGUCUUUUCUUCCGAUUAGCAUGAGCCUCAUAGCCAGUCACAUAUCGGGAGUGUCUUUGCUCGGUGUGCCCUCCGAAGUGUAUCAGUACGGGACUCAAUAUGCAGCGUGCAUUUUCACAUCCUUCAUCUCCUGCUUCCUAAUCAUAUUCUUAUAUUUGCCGGUGUUUUACAAGCUACAGCUGAAAAGCACUUUUGAAUAUUUGGAAAUUAGAUUCGCCAGGCCCGUCCGGAUAUUAGCAUCCUUUCUCUACACUCUUUCGCUGAUAGUUUAUGUGCCGCUAAUAAUCUACGUGCCGGCAUUAGCCUUCUCGCAAGCAACGGGAAUGAAUCUAUAUUAUGUUGCGCCGGUCAUAUGCUUGGUGUGCAUUUUCUACACGACUAUCGGAGGUCUGAAGGCUGUCGUAUGGGCGGAUACAGUUCAGAUGACGGUGACUGUCGGAAGUCUCGUUGCCGUUCUGAUUUUGGGAACUAUCGCCGUGGGCGGCGUCGGCGCGACCUGGAGAAUAGCCGAAGAAGGUGGUAGAAUUGUGUUUUGGAAUAUGAACCCCAGCCCUUUCAUUAGAAAUUCAUUUUGGGGUAUGUCAGUGGGAAUGACAAUGACAUGGCUGGCAUCGCUGGGCAUUAGUCAAGUUUCUAUACAAAGAUUUCUGGCAGUGCCUACCAUUAAAGAAGCGCAAAAGUCAAUAUGGUUUUUAGCUGUAGGUCUAGUGGUCGUAAAAUUCAUCUCCGUCUUCACCGGUCUCACAAUGUACGCAAGAUAUCAUAAAUGCGAUCCCAUAACUGCACACGUGGUAGCAAGGAGCGACAAGAUAUUGCCAUAUUACGUGCUAGAUGUAGCCGCGGAUGUUCCAGGACUUCCUGGUCUCUUCCUCGCCGGUCUGGUGAGCGCCGGUCUCUCGACGAUGAGCGCCGGACUGAACACAGUCGCCGGCACGAUUUACGAGGAUUUCAUCGAUCGCUGGAUGCCAGAGAGCAACGACAAAGAGACUAAAGCCGCCAACGUUAUGAAGGUCACGGUGGUUAUCUUAGGCAUCCUGUGCGUGGGCAUGGUGUUCCUCGUGGACCGUCUCGGAGACAUCUUCCAGCUCUCCCUGACUGUAACCGGUAUCACCGCCGGUGCGAUGCUGGGUUUGUUCUCGCUAGGGAUGCUGGUACCUUGGGCGACGACCAAGGGGGCUGUAGUUGGCGGACUGAUGUCGAUGGUGACGAUGAUCUGGAUCAUCGUCGGCGCGCAAUGGCAUAUGGUGAACCGUCGUCUCUACUACGAACCGCUGCCAUCUACGACGGAUGGUUGCCUGAACAUGCCUGGUCUGUCGAAUCGUACGGUUACAACGACGCAAAAUCUGGUUCAAGUCGAAUCCGUCGAAGACGAGCCUUUCUUCAUGUACAGGAUAUCCUUCAUGUAUUACACGUUAUUGGGCGCCCUGAUUGUGAUAGUGAUCGGAACGAUAGUCAGUUUCGUCUGCGGCGCUCCUGACUUGAGCGACGUCAAUCGAGAUCAUUUCGCACCAUUCAUCACCAGAUUUAUGCCACCAAAAAAAUAUAUGGAGGUGUCAUUGCACACAGUACCAACAGCGUUGGUAACCAAUUCAGAGAAAGAAGAACUAAAAUCUUAAAACAUGUAUAUUUUAUCCUCGCAAAUCUCACUUCUUCGCUAUUACAUAAGACAUUAUUACAAAAGAAUAUAAACGUGCGCUUGAACAUUUGAAAAAUCUUUUGAUCACAAAUUCUAUGAUCUCUGAUAAUAUUACAUACUUUAUGUAAUCGAAUACAUAAAUAUGUUAAAUAUUCUAUCAUAAUCUAAUUUCCGCUGAGCAAACUCAGAUGAAGAUUGUUUUGAAAGAAGGCUAGUCCAAACUUUUAAUAUUGAUCAACAUUGAUACAAAGGUGUUUAUAUAUAUAUAUA